CCUUCAACUCCCUCUUCUUUCGCGCAUUCCCCUCCACUUUCGCGGGAGAUUGAAACAACUUAAUCGUUAGGUCGGCGAGGGAAAGCUUAUAAAAACCUCUCCCAACUAUUCCAAUGUAUCCUUCUUUCGAUCAUAGAUUCCUUCGCCGUUGCUCUUCCUCUUCCACCUUCAGAAAUCUUUUCUCUGAUCAACAAUCCUUGGCUGCAAAUCCACAAACGAGUAGUUCUUUGCAAUGGAGGCCAACAAACAGGAACUUGUCUCCAAUUUUCUUGAGAUCACAAUGUGCAAUUGCAGAGUUUCUGCUUUGAAGAUCCUUGAGGAUGUAGAAUGGAACAUUGAGGCUGCUAUUCAAUUGUUUUUUGAGGGUGGAAGCUCACAUGGAGAAUCGGCAGUGCUACCAUCUAAUCCUUUUUUGUAUUCAGAUUCCACUAUUGUACCUACUGGUUGGGGCUCAGCCGAUGAAGAUGAAGAUGAAGUUGAUGAUGGUCAAAACCAUUUUGACCUUGAUGCCACUAUCCAACCUAGGUGCACAGCGAAUGGAAAUGUAAGUGAAGAAGCUCUAGAACGUCUGAAUUUAUAUUCCGGAAUUGUACCUACGGGUUGGGGUUCAGCAGAUGAAAUUGAAGUUGUUGAAUCUCAGGAACAUGAUGAUAAUGAACAUGGUGUUGAUGGAGUCCUUGAAUAUCCCAAUUUUUCACCACUUAGUAAUGAGAGGCUUUAUGAUGAUGAUUCAGAAUCAGAUAGGUUAGAGUCAAGUUCUGGGACAUCUGAAGAUUAUGAUUCGAAAGAAGAAGAAUAUAACGAAACAAAUCUCUCUAUGUUGCAUGGACGUCCAAAUUACAUUUUUCACGGGCACUUUCAUGAGGCAAAAGUCGAGUCUUCCCAUCUUGAUAGAUGGUUAUUAGUGAAUGUGCAAACAAGGGAGGAAUAUAUGCUAAAUAGAGAGACAUGGUCAGAUGUCACUGUCCAAGAAUUAUUGAGAUCACAUUUUUUAUUUUGGGAGAUUAAUGACAAAGACACUAUUGAGGGACAAAAAGUAUGUUGUUUUUACAAGUUGAUGACAUUGCCUGCAAUUUUGGUCGUUGAUCCAAUAACAGGAGAGAAAAUGUAUGCUUGUCAUGGAAUGAAGCAACCAGAUGACUUGCUAAAGGAUUUGAUGAGAUUUUCUGAUAGAAGUCCAAAGCAGAACCUUCAAGCAAGCACACGAAGAGAAAAUGCUAGUGCUUCAACACACCAAACAGAGGCAAAUGAGGUGUCACAACCUAAGGAAAUCAAUCUAGAGCCCACAACUAAAACAAGCUAUCCUCCUCUGCCAGAAGAACCUAUAGAAAAGAAGCACACUUGCAAAGUAGGAAUAUGUCUUCCAAGCGGCGAGAGAGUGCAGAGGAGCUUCUUAAAAACAGAUUCGACAAAGUUGUUAUGGUCUUUCUGUUCAACUUUGUUAAAGAAAGAAGAAGAAUCUCAAAGUUUUUGCUUUAUAGUUCCUCGUUCUCCUAUGUUAUUUUAUGAUACGGACACAUCCUUUGAGGAGGCUGGUUUAUCCAACACUCUGUUAAGACUAAGCUUCAGAGGAGAUUAACAGAUGAUUAGCUGAUGUUAUCAACAUUAAAUUUUUAAUUUUUAUAUAUUUUUUUUAUUCUUUGA